AUGAACCGGUACACAACCAUGAGACAGUUGGGGGACGGCACCUAUGGGAGUGUGCUUAUGGGCAAGAGCAAUGAGUCUGGGGAGCUGGUGGCCAUCAAAAGAAUGAAGCGAAAGUUCUACUCUUGGGAUGAAUGUAUGAAUUUGAGAGAAGUUAAGUCUCUGAAGAAACUUAAUCAUGCCAAUGUGAUUAAACUAAAAGAAGUUAUCAGAGAAAAUGACCAUCUUUAUUUUGUAUUUGAAUAUAUGAAAGAAAACCUGUAUCAAUUAAUGAAAGACAGAAACAAAUUGUUCCCUGAAUCUGUCAUCAGAAAUAUUAUGUAUCAAAUACUACAAGGGCUGGCUUUUAUUCAUAAACAUGGUUUUUUUCAUAGGGACAUGAAACCAGAAAAUUUGCUUUGUAUGGGUCCAGAACUUGUGAAAAUUGCUGAUUUUGGGCUUGCACGAGAAUUAAGGUCACAGCCACCGUAUACUGAUUAUGUAUCUACCAGAUGGUAUCGUGCUCCUGAAGUUUUACUGAGAUCUUCAGUUUAUAGCUCUCCCAUUGAUGUGUGGGCUGUUGGGAGUAUAAUGGCUGAACUAUAUACAUUACGACCACUUUUCCCAGGGACAAGUGAAGUUGAUGAAAUCUUUAAAAUUUGCCAAGUUUUAGGGACUCCCAAAAAGAGUGACUGGCCAGAGGGGUACCAGCUUGCAUCCUCUAUGAGUUUCCGCUUUCCCCAGUGUGUUCCUAUUAACUUAAAAACCCUCAUUCCCAAUGCCAGUAAUGAAGCUAUUCAGCUGAUGACUGAAAUGUUAAAUUGGGACCCAAAGAAACGACCAACAGCAAGUCAGGCAUUGAAACACCCAUAUUUCCAAGUUGGACAAGUAUUAGGUGCCUCUUCACAUCAUCUGGAAUCAAAACAGCCUUUAAAUAACCAGCUACAACCAAAAGAAUCGAAGUCAUCUUUAACUGAACUAGAACCUAAGCCUCUCCAAGACAUAAUUGAUCAGACUGCCGGACAGCCCCAGCUCCAAAAUAGCCAUCAACCACUGCAGUCCAUUCAGCCGCCUCAGAAUGUGAGUGUCCAACAGCCUCCAAAGCAACAGAGUCAACAGAAACCGCCACAAACAAUGUUUCCAAGUAUUUUCAAAAACAUGCCAACUAAGCCAAAUGGCACAUUGGGUCAUAAAAGCACUCGCAGGCGCUGGGGUCAGACCAUUUUCAAGUCUGGAGAUAGUUGGGAAGAUUUUGAGGACUGUGAUUUUGGAGUCUCCCAUUCUAAGAAGCCAAGCAUGGGUGCUUUCAAAGAAAAGAGGAAAAAAGAUUCUCCAUUUCGGUUCCAAGAGUCUGUACCCUCAAUCUCCAAUCAGUCAGCAGAGGAAAACAAGAAUUUACCUGCUGCUAUUUCCCUAAAAUCUGAUUCAGAAUUAUCAACUGCUUCAACAGCAAAACAGUACUAUUUGAAGCAGUCAAGAUACCUUCCAGGUAUAAAUCCUAAGAAUGUGUCCUUGAAAGCCAGUAGAAAAGACGGGAACUCAUACCCUUGGAGUAAUCUGUUAUUUCCUAAGUCGUUGGCACCCAUUGGGGCAGAAUUUGCUUUCAAAAGAAGUAAUGCAGAAGAAAGCAUAAUUAAACCAAUUGAAAAACUAUCAUGUAAUGAAAGUUUUCCUGACAAAUUAGAGGACUCACAAGGAAAUCUUGGAAGUUAUGCUCCUUACAAUCAGUCAGGAUAUAUUCCUUCUUUUCUCAAAAAAGAAGUUGGGUCAGCCGGCCAAAGAAUCCAUUUAGCACCUCUUGGUGCAGCAGCUUCAGAAUAUACUUGGAACACGAAAACUGGUCGGGGGCAGUUUUCAGGACCUACCUAUAAUCCUACGGCAAAAAAUCUAAACUUUGUGACCCGUGCGCAACCAGUCCACUCUGUGCAUGGAAGGACAGAUUGGAUGGCCAAGUACGGAGGCCAUCGGUAG